AUGUUACCAUGCGUUUACUUCGAAAAGUACUGCACUGACGAAAACCUCAACCAUGGUGUACUUGUCGUUGGAUAUGGUAGUGAUUCGAAAGAAGGGGACUAUUGGAUAGUCAAAAACAGCUGGGGCAAGGAUUGGGGAGAAGAAGGUUAUAUUCGCAUGGCUCGCAAUCGCCAUAAUAACUGUGGUAUCGCAACGAUGGCCAGUUUUCCACUCGUUUAA